GCUGCAACAUAGCUGGUUUAUAGCAGUCUGGGAUUAAUUACUAGCGUAGCAAAUACUAUCAGCAUUUUGAUGGGACUGAACAACAGACAUCCUUCGAAGCUUCUACAUUUUUUAGGCUCUCAGUUUUUUGUGUCUUUUUUGUGUUUUUUGUGUGUGUUGUAAUUAGGUGACAGCAGUUCUUCACUUUGACCUUGAGCUAAAAGUCAUAGGUUAAAUAUAUAAUUGUAUAAAAUCAUUACUCUAGGGUAAUAGCAGUUAAGAGAGAUAGCAAGAUUUUAUAAAUGGACUUUGACCAGGCAACUUACGUCCUAUCUUUCUGAGAUGAGCUGACAUGCUGCCACACUCCAAGUUUUUACAGAAGCCAAGGAUGAGGACCUCUAUCUUUUGCUGGCUUUAUCUUUGCAUCCUGUUAUAUGCAGGGUCAUUGAGUAGGACCGUGACUUCCAAUAGUGACACCGAGGAUCAAACUGAUACAGGCAGCAGGCACACAGAGAAUGCUUUGGCCUGUUCCCCAUGUUCUUGCGUCUAUUGUAUCAUUAUUGGCACAGUUAGUGGCUUAGCGUUUGGCUUUGUGUUUGUUGGAGGUGCUUUUAUCUUCUGGAAAUGCAAGAAAUCAACAAUUAUGGAAUGCAUUUUCUCAGCAAAAAAGAAUGAUGGUCAACUAAAGACGGCCCUGCUGCAGAGACAAGCUGAGAAGACACAUGAAGAACUGGACGUUUUAUCAACGCUGAACACUGUAAUGAAGGAACUGAAGAGGGGAUUUCACCAGCAAAAGGAAGAAUUCAAACAGUUAGAGGAGAUAAACAAAGAGCUGGCAGAAAACAAGGAGAAACUUUGUCUGGUAGAAAAUGAAAUAGCAAAGAGUGAGAAAGAAAAAGAGACGGACAAAACAGAAAGACACUUGCAGGAAAAACAAAGUCUAUUAAGUGUUCAGCGUAAACUGGAGAAGAGAAAGGAAGAACUGGAGAAUCUACAACUGAACAUGGAGAAACAGCUGCAACAAACAGAGGAUAUAAUGAGCACGAUGACAGAAAGGAAAACAAAAGUAGAACGUGCUUUGGAGGCGAUUAACUUGCAGCUGGAGGACGCAGAAAGUCAAAGUGAAACGGCUCAUCUUCACACACAGUAGUGACAAUAACCUACUGUUACUUCACUGUUUAUUAAUUGUCCCUUGCAACUAAACUUAGGUUCAUAAUUUGGAUAGAAAAUUUUAUUUUAUAGAAUAGAAUUUUUUUUCUUUUAAACUGUGUACACCACGAUAGCAGAUUUUACCCAAGCAACCAAUAUGUAAUUAAAGAGGAGAUUUGCAUCAUUAAUUCAAAACAUUUAACAAAGAAUCUUGUAUUAACAUUAACUUAUAUUCAGUGGUUAUAUACAGCUUACACGGUGCCCCAUUUUCAGGGGCUCAAAAGUCACUGGACAAAGUAACACAGCUUUAAACAUAAGGAUUGCUUCUAACAGCUGGAAGACUUUCUGAUGUUAAUGGCUGUUUGAAAUCCAGAAGCCAUGGACAUCAGCAAGCUGUGUUUUUCUCUUUUGAGAAGCUUUGAAGGGCCUUUGUUGCAGCUGCUUUCAGUUGCUGCUUGUCGGUGUGUCUCUCUGCCUUCAGUUUUCAUCUUCAUUAACUGAAAAAUCACCUUCUAUUUGUUUUUAAAUCAGGUGACUGUAAUUUGACCUAAUUUUUUGACUUGAGAAAUUGUUAGGCCUUCGUCUUCUUGAGUGUAACUAGUGGCUUAUACCUUGUUGUAAACCUACUGUAUUUUGAUUUUAACAAUGAAACACUUAUCUGAAUGGUUGGAUGGAUGACUACGUUUGUGUAAAUAAAAAAUGCAUUCAUUUAAAAAGAAACAUAAAAAUAAACAUGGGUAGAUUUAGGCACCAAAAAAAGUGGUUUAAGUUUAAAUAUGCCACUGAGAGUAACAAUACAUGUUCAACAUCAUGCUCACCAUAGGUAGUUUAUAUGGGUUAAUAAAAUAACCCAUAUAAUAAGGUUAAUAAAACUGAAAUUCAACAACAUAAAUAUUAUUUAGAGUUAUUUGUCAAGAGAUUGUUUGUAGGAUAAUUUUGAUAAUUUUGCUGCUAUAAGUAAAAAGGAGAUUUGGUAAUUCAAUGAAUUAUUAUACAUUUUGUGUUUUGAUUACCUUUUAAGGAUAGUCUGUUAGUCAUUGAAAAAAUGUGAUUUUUUUAAAAUGAAAAAUCUGUUCUUAAUUCUUUAUCUGCAUGUUAUUAUAGAAUUUAAGAGAAACUGAAUAAAUAGACUUGGAUAAAUA